CCGGAAAGAAAGAGGAAAUAAAAUUAGAAAAAGAUAUUUGCGAAUUCCGAUUUCGGCUGUUCGGGAUCCUAUAAAAUAGCGAUUCCAGUGUGUUCACUCUUCCCUCUCACUGCAACACCACCAACAACAGCUGUUGAACUCCCACAGAAACCUCUCUGCUUCCGCCAUUAAAGCACUCUCUCCGAGCUCCUGCUCCUCUUCUUCUUCUUCUGCACCUUCUUCGUACCGACUCCCCUCCUGUUGUUUUUUCUGCAAGUGAUUCUUGAUCGGGCAAAAUCUCUUAUAUAGAAAGAGGCUCUGGACAGGUCGCUGAGAGGGCUUCUUCAGGAACAAAUUUAUUGGCUUUCCUUCUUAUUUGCCUCCAGAAUCAAUUCUCCAGGAAAAUCCAGACAACCUGCCUCCAGUAAAAUCUCCCCCGGAUCCUCCCUUUUCUGCUCUUAGAUCCUCGCCAUAUAUACAGGGUCUCUCUCAUCUCCUGUAUCACUCCCGCUCAGAUUCACUAGCCCCUCCUGCAUCUCCUGCAUCUUCUUCUUUCGCUCGCCUUUUCUGCUUUUUGUUGGGUGUCCAUAGAUGCGAGUUUUUUGAGUGAGUGACAGCCAGGAGGAAAGGAUGGACGACUGUUUCUUGAACCCGGUGAAGUACACCGAGCACCGGACGGUUACGAGGAAGCUGACCAGGGCCGCGCGCAAGAACGGCCCGCCCGAGCCGACCCGGGUCGUGCGGAUAUCCGUCACCGACCCGGACGCGACCGACUCCGACAGCGACGACGAGGCGGGCGAGCCCUUCUUCCUUCCCCGCCAGCGCGUCAAGCGCUACGUGCACGAGAUCAACGUCGAGCCGGCCUCGUGCGGCGGCGCGCAGACGGGCUCGAUCUCUCGCAAGAGGCCGAGCCUUGCGCAGCCCGACGCCCCGAAGAGGCCGCUGAAGGCGGCGGCGGCGGCUAUGGAGAUGGGCUCCGGGAGGAAGUUCCGGGGCGUGAGGCAGCGCCCGUGGGGUAAAUGGGCGGCGGAGAUUCGGGACCCGGCGCGUCGCGUGCGGCUGUGGCUGGGGACCUACGACACGGCCGAGGAGGCAGCCAUGGUCUACGACAACGCGGCAAUCAAGUUGCGCGGGCCCGACGCGCUCACCAACUUCACCACUCCACUGGUCACGGACAUCGAAGAAGCCGCUGCCGCAGCAGGCGCCGCCGGGGACAAUAUCAACACCGCGGGGUGCGGCUACGACUCCGGCGACGACUCGCGCAACCUCUCAUCUCCGACAUCGGUCCUCCACUUCCGGACGCAGUCCUCCGGGGAGGAGUCCGAGCCGGCCGGACCGGCCCGACAAGCCGAACCCGCGGAGCCGGUUCAGGAGCAGCCCGAGAUGUCCAAGCCGCCGCCGGCGAAGGAGGAGGUCCAGGAGUGCCAGGGAGAGACGGGCGAGUUCGUGCACCUGGACCUGCCGUUCCUGGACGAGUUCUUCAACUUCGACCCGCCGGAGUCGACGCUGUUCGACGAGGCGACGAUAGGGACGUUCUCGGACCGCCUGCUGGCGGAGGAUUUCAUGAGCGACAUCUUCGUCGACCAGCCGGAGGACUUCGGGUCGUUGUCCCCGAUGGACAUGUGUCAGGUGGACGAUUAUUUUCAAGACAUCGGAGAUUUGUUCGCAUCGGAUCCUCUCGUGGCCCUUUGAAAAAGUUUUGAAACUCUUGAUUUCCUCAGAGAGGGAAAGGUACUGAACUGUCGCUGUUGGCCGGCAGAUUUUCCGGCAGUUCCUGCACCGGCGGCGACGAAAAUCCGGCCAGUUUUGCUCGGAUUCAAAAAAUUUUGGGGGAGUAGCUCUUUUUUAAUUAAAUUAUCGAUUUUGUUUAGAUUUUUUAUUAGAGAAUAUUUUUGGUAGCAUUAAUCGGGGGAUUUGAGUGCAGUUGUGGCGAGAUUUCAUACCAUUUUGCGGGGGAUAAUCACAAUGAUUAGGCCAAUUUU